AUGAAGCCUCUUGCAUGGCCCCUCCUGCUCUUGCAGGUCCUCUCGCCAGUCUGGGCAGAUGCGAAUCGCGAACACACGACAGCCGCAGCCACCGAUGUAGUACAGGGUCAUAAGACAGGCCAGUCUUACCGAGAGCCCGGCGCGGACCACGUCGAUGCCGCCAUCGCGAAAUUGCACGAGAUACACCCACCAGCCCACCACCACCAGAGGCGGAAGAAGCCCGGAAUACUGGGCACCCUCGGCCAACUGGCAUGGAAAGCCGUCCCGAGUCUGCGCAUGAGCGCUCCGCCAGAGGAUGGCAGCAGCGGCAGCAACCACAAGGCGAUCGAUGCGCGCCUCGUCGACGCCGUCAAGCACCUCGAGGCGGCCACCCACAAGAACAACUCCGACGCACUCUACCUGCUCGGACACAUGAACUUCUAUGGCAACUAUACACACCCGAGGGAUUUCAAGAAGGCCUUCGACUACUUCCAGCAGCUCUCCACACUGAAUGGAAACAGCUCGGCCAUGUACAUGGUCGGUCUGAUGUAUUCCACAGGGGUCGGAGGCUCGGUGCAGCGUGACCAGGCCAGGGCACUGCUAUACUACACCUUUGCGGCGCUUAAGGGACACACAAGGGCCGAGAUGACACUGGCAUCUCGGCACCACACUGGCGUCGGCACCCCAAAGAGCUGCGAGACGGCCUGCAAAUACUACAAGAACGUCGCGGACAAGGUCAUGGACUGGUACCGAUCGGGCCCACCAGGCGGCAUGAGCUGGACGAGGGAGGCAUCCCACGUUGCCGACGACUUUGGUGGCUUGUACGGCGAAGGAGCCAGUGUGUCCAGCUCUGGCAUCAAUGCGGUUCAUCAUCAUCCUCAUUCGGAUGCUUAUGCCUCUAUCGAAGACAUCAUCGAAUAUUUGGAUCUUAUGUCGAACAAGGGCGACUUCAAAUCGUCCUUCAACCUUGGCCGAAUUUACUAUGAGGGCCAGAGAGGGCUGGAGCGAAAUCUUGGCAUGGCCGCUAAGUACUUCUUCAUGGUGGCUAAGAAAUAUUGGAAGCCUAACGGGCGCAUUGAGGACAACUUCAAGCCAGGUCUGGACAAGAUCGCCUCCAAGGCCGCGGGCUAUCUCGGGCGCAUGUAUAUGCGCGGCGAGGGUGUGCAGCAGGACUUUGAUAGGGCCAAGUUCUGGUUUGAUCGCGGCAUCUCCCACGGCGAUGCGCAGUCUCAGUACUGUCUGGGGCUGAUGCUACUUAGAGGCUACGGUGUUUCCAAAAACAUUGGAAAGGCUACUGAUCUUUUCAAGGCAUCAGCGGACCAGGAUUACGCCCUGUCGCAGGUCCAACUUGGUGUCCUGUUCCUUGACCGCGGCCAGCCGGACGACGUGCGCGUUGCGAACGACUACUUCGAGCUUGCUGCUAGGUAUGGUAACAUCGAGGCCCAGUACUACCUCGCGGAAAUGAUUCACCAUGGCAUCGGCCGGGACAAGGCGUGCGCACAGGCAAUGGGUCUAUACAAGACGGUGGCAGAGAAGGCCGAGCCCUUGGUAUCCACGUGGAACGAGGCGAACAACGCCUACGAAGAUGGCGACUACGAGCUUGCAUUCCUUGGUUACUUGCAUGCAGCCGAAGAGGGUUACGAAUCUGCCCAGAACAACGUUGCCUACCUGCUCGACACGAGGCAGUCGAUGUUGUCUAAUAUCCUUGGACUCGGCGAGACCAAGUCUGCUCUGAUGGACAACCCCGCCCUUGCGCUCAUUUUCUACACACGCUCGUCGAGACAGGGCAACAUGGACUCACUGGUCAAAAUGGGCGAUUACUACCUGGACGGCAUCGGGACUGACCUCGAUAUCGACAAGGCUGUCAAGUGCUACACGGGUGCCUCUGAGUAUCACCAGUCGGCUCAAGCCCUGUUCAAUCUCGGCUGGAUGCAUGAGAAUGGAGUUGGUCUGGAUCAAGACUUCCACCUGGCUAAGCGGUACUACGAUCUUGCCCUCGCUACCAACGAAGAGGCAUAUCUUCCAGUGAAGCUCAGCCUUCUCAAGCUGCGUGCGAGAAGCUAUUGGAACACGGUGACACAUGGGCGGAUCAACUCGAUUCAAGACGAGCCAGAAAAUAGCAAGGACUGGUCCUUUAGCGAAUGGGUCAGUAACUUCAUCCAGGACGAGGGCCUCUUCUACGACGACGUCAUGUACGACGAUAUCUACGACGACACCAUGCCGGGAGGCGACGCGCCCCACUACCCUGGCGCGGAGGAUGACGGGUUCAUAGACACGUUGAUAAUAAUGUCGUUGGCCAUGGCGCUGGCUUUCGUCGUCUAUUAUAGGCAACACCGGGAGCGGGCGGAGCAGGCUCGGAGGCAGAGAGAACAGCAACAACAGCAGGGCCAGGGCCAGCAGCAGGGAGGAAACGCUGCCGCUGCUCCUAACAAUGGCGGCUUUGCGCAGCCAGGGGUGAAUCCGGUGUUCGAGGACUGGGUCGCCGGUGGGGUAGGACUUUAG